CCACUUCCAGAUGCGUGUUGAUAGAUGAGCCAUCGUGCAGUGCGAGAGGUUCGUCCUCCCGGUAGUGAAAGAUGCGACAGAAGCGUAUGCUUAAAGUGCGCAUAAAGGUGAUCAGUGUAAUCCUUGCCUAGAAGGCGAAGGUGAAGAAGAAGCAUAAAUUUAAGGUUGUGUUUGUGCGCGCCUGUGUGUGUCUGUCUGUGAGUAGUUCCUAUAUGUUACCGAGAAUGUGUGUCGCACGGAGAAGGAUGUCCUUCUCGUCGACGGUUGCCUGUGCGGUGCUGGUGUUGUUGGUGAACAGCAGUGCGCUGUCGCUGGUGACCGGUGCCCACUGGGACCAUGCCAUCUUCCUGGACGACGACUAUCGGCUGCUGUGGAGCAUUACCGGGCAGGACAUCACGUUCGAGGUGCAGGUCCGUACCCACGGUUACGUUGGGCUGGGGUUUUCCAAGGACGGUACCAUCUACGGUGCGGACAUGGUGAUCGGCUGGGUCGACCAGGGCCAGGUACACUUUCAGGACCGACACGUGAAGAAGCACGGUAAUGGUGAACCGGUGGUCGACUCCUCGCAGGACUACGUACUUCUGCUCGGCUACGAAAACCAAACGCACACUGUCCUUCGAUUCAAGCGCAAACUGGACACGUGUGACGUUGCGUACGAUGUGCCAAUCACGAACGAUACCAUGCGCGUGAUCUACAUGUACCACAACAAGGAACCACAGUCGCCCGGUAGCCUGCCUGAUCCGGUCGAAGCGUUCAAGCAGGCCCGCUCGCUCUUCCUAACCCAGCGGAUCAACCAGGCACCGCUCAAGCCGGAUCCACACCUGCGAACGAUGGAGUUGCUCAAUCAGGACGUAAAUUUGCCGCAGGGUGACGGUACCCUGCACUGGUGCAAGAUGUUCAAGCUGAACGAUAUCAAUCGCAAACAUCAUCUGAUUAGGUACGAGCCGGUGUUUGAUUCCGGUACGAGCGCAUCCUACGUCUAUCACAUGAUACUGCACGAGUGUCAAGGAUCGUCACCGGAGCUGGAAAUUAUGUCACGGGAAAAUGGUUGCCCGUGCUAUCGGGCAGAUAAAUCGAUACUGACCUGCAACUCGAUCGUCGCUGCGUGGACGCGCGGUUCGGAGGGCUUUUCCUUCCCGAGCCAAGUCGGCUAUUCGCUCGAAUCGAAUCAGGCCCGAUUCUACCUAAUGGAGACACACUACAGCCUCACCGCGAGCGAGUACACCUGGCCACCGAAACCGAAAGCCAUGGUGGACAAUUCGGGCCUCCGGUUGUUCUACACCAGCACGCUCCGGGCACAUGACGCUGGCGUCCUGUCGAUCGGUAUAGAUCCGAACUGGAGGCAUAUCAUACCGCCCGGGCAGGACCACGUCGUCUCGGAGGGGCACUGUGUGGGCGAGUGUACCCAGCGGGCCUUCCCGCGUGACGGUGUUAGCAUCUUUGCCGUCAUGAUGCGGACGCAUCAAAUCGGGCGUCAGAUCAAACUGAGACAAAUCCGACAGCGCGAAGAGCUGCUCCCGAUUGCGCAUGAUCGCAACGUGGAUUGGAACUAUCAGGAGUAUCGACGAUUGUUUGCCCCGGUUCGGGUCUUUCCGGGCGACCGAUUAAUAGCGGAAUGUAUCUACGAUAGUUCGGCCAGACCUGCCAUCACGCUCGGUGGGUUAACGACGCGGGAAGAGACGUGCCUGGUGCUGGCACUGUACUACCCCCGGCAGAAGGAGCUCACCACGUGUCAUUCGCUGCCGAGUUUACCCACCGUUAUCAACUCGCUCGGCAUCAAUGAGCUAGUACCAGGAUCAAACCCGGUACGGAUCGCAUCGCCACCGGAAUUGUCCGGGAUGACGCUCGAGACGCGUCUGAUCUCGUACGACUGGCGGAACAAUUUUCGCAGCUUCCAGUACGUCACCAGAAGAGGGUCCUUUAAACCGUUGUGCUGGAGCGCCAAAAAUCAGCCCAUGCCGGGGACAGAAAAUUUGGAAGGAUUCGCACCGAACAUCACCAAAUCGUACAAGCUAAUCCGAUCGUGCAGCUUCGUCGGAAGCACGAACGUCGCCAACGUGUUCUUCCACAAUCGCAACCGGUACGUGACGGAGCCGGAGACGAGCGUCGACCUGACCGGUAUCGAACACGACGUCCAUGAGGAGGAUGACAUCGACAGCAACAACGUGAUAGAGGGCGCCGCAAGGAGUAAGGUGUCCCGUAGCUCCGUCACCGAGUCGAUGGGACUGAGCGGUGGUUUGGCAACGGAUCGCCCAACCGGUACCGUGCCGAAGAUCUUGGCCUCGCUGCUCUUCAUCGUCGUGCUCAAUUCGUUCCGGAUAGCGACGGUGUAA